AUGAACAACACGUCGGCGCUCGUCUGCAAAGACGGACUUCUUCUGUCGGCGGCCGCCGUCACUCCGAGGAAUGCUCUCCUCUACCUGGCGGCUCUUCUUUAUUGCUUCUUAGGUAACUAAGGCAAACAUGAAAAAAAAAACCAACAGAGCGAUAAACAAGCUCUCCAAAUAGUUACGGGUGGUAGAAUUGAACUCGUGUCAAGAACCGCGAACGCGCACGCUACGCGUCCCGCCCUUUUCUCAUCCUCUUUCGCCUUUCAUGUAGGGAUUGACUAUAUUACAAUUUUAUUCAAAAAAUUUUUAGUUUCGCAGACAAUAUUUUUGCAUGAAAGAGUGCCUGCUUCGGUGCUCGGUUUUCUUUAGUCCUCAAAAGGAAAGCAGUUUUUUUUUCGGUUUUUGAUUACAGAAACGGAACGGAAGUCGGAAACUGAACAUACUUUCAGGUAUUGCGAUUGUUGCUGACAUAUUCAUGUGCGCAAUCGAGCAAAUUACCAGCGCGACAAGGUAACUUUUCUUAAUUGUUGGUUUAUUUUUCAUGUUAAGGAAAGUUAAGCGGAAAACAAAGACGGAUCGACUUGUGGAUGCGGCCAAAUAUGACGGCGAAGAGUACGAUGAAGUGAAGAUUUGGAAUCCAACAGUCGCAAAUCUCACACUCAUGGUUUUAUCAUGAAAAAUCGCCCUUUUACUGAUUAUAAGUCUACUCCAGGCUCUCGGGAGUUCGGCGCCAGAAAUAUUACUCUCAAUCAUUGAAAUUGUUGGCAACAACUUCCGCGCCGGCGAAUUGGGUCCUGGCACGAUCGUUGGCAUGUCUUGUUUUUUAGAGAAUUCCAAUUUACAAUUUCAAGGAUCUGCCGCCUUCAACUUGCUGUGUAUAUCGGCAAUCUGUGUUCUGGCUGUCGAUUCGCCAGACACGAAGAGAAUUGAACUUUAUCGAGUGUUUCUCGUGACCGCAACUUUUGGAACGUUUGCUUACAUCUGGCUUCUGAUCGUGAGCAUCCGAGAAAAGUUUCUGUUAGAUACAAUUAUUUUUCUGUCAGAUAUUGGUGCUGAUAACUCCAAACGUCGUCGACGUCUGGGAAGCGGCCGUAACUUUUGCUCUGUUUUUCAUACUUGUGUUCGUCGCAUACGCAGUCGACGUGCAGAUGUGGAUUCGACCAAAAAAGGCGGACCUACACGAAGAGCUCGAGAUGGAUGCUGAAGCUCGCCUCGAGGCGAAACGUCCUUCUGUCGAGCACGUCAACGAGGACAUCAAGCGGUGGGCGAGCGUCGCCAGCAUUCAGCCUGACGGAUCGGUUUUGACGAAAAAUCUUCGCAAGAAAGUUGUUCUUUUUUCAGAGAGUUCUUGUUGGAAAUGUCCCGGCGCCACCAUUUGAAACUGUUCGAAAAUGGACUCGUGAAGUAUCGAGAGCAUAUCCGUCUCUAUCACAGGAAGACCAAGCCAAACUUCUUGCAUAUCGUGUCGCUAGAACUGUGGUAAAAAUGCUUAAAAAUUGAAAAACUUGCGAAAAACUCAUCUUGCAGCCUCACGAUCGUUUGUACUAUCGUAUUCAAGCGUGUCGAAUGUUGUCUUCGUCAUCACGAAAAAGUGACGAAGAACAAGAAAUAGAAGAGACGGCUAAAGCGCAAGAGCAAACCGACAGCAAAUCUCGAGGUCGGCAAAAGAAACUUAGUAGAGAAUUUCGGACCUUUCAGGAAGGUCGACUAUCGAGUUUGCUGCUCGAGUGUACUCUAUCGACAGUCACGACAAACGUGUCAAUUUAAAAGUUGGUUAUUGCUUCAGCCACUUAUGACUUUUGAGAAAUCAUUUCUCUUCUCUGUAAUUUUCAGUUAGUACCGUAUUUUUUCAAAAAAAAUCUUUCUGCAGAUCGUACGAAGCGGAUCGCUAACCACGGCAGCUACUAUUAACUACACGACAGUAAAUGGCGUGGCCAAACGCGAUCUGCAUUUCCUCUUCAAGUCGGAAACGUUGAAAUUCGCCGCUGACGAGUCCACGAAGGAAAUUUCAGUCGAGCUGGUCGAUGGAGCCAAUUGGCGGCCCAACGACGUUUUCUACGUCCAACUUAGGCUCCAGGUAAUUCGUAAACUUUUUGUUUACAAAUAAUCUGAAAACAGGACAUAGAGGAAAGCGCGGAAGAUGAUGCUCCUAGCGACAAGAUCAAGUUGGGUCCUUGCAAUGUCGCUCGAGUCCGAGUUCCCGACGACAAAGCUUCUCUGAUGGGCGAGCCAGUCGUCGAGUUCGUCCAAGGAAACUAUGUCAGUGGGACUGGUUUAUUUCCUCAUCAAUACUUUGGGUUUAGGUUGUAAAAGAGAACGCGAAAUUCGUACGGACUUUUGUAACUCGCCGAGGUCGGAAGCAUUCUGGAAGCCUGAGGGUUCAUUACGAGACAACCGACGUGACAGCUGAGUCUGGCCUGGACUAUGUGGCGGUUCCAAAUGGUGUAGUCCGUUUCGAAGGACAGGUUUCUGAGUGACGACGCGUGGAUAAUUUCGAGAGUGUUGCAGGAGUACGAAAAGUAUGUCGACGUCCAAAUUAUCGAUGAUAAGAUGGAUGAAAAAGACGAAACUUUUACCAUUGAGCUCCUCAAAACCGAUGACUCAGGUACUUGUGGAACUCACUUUUCUUUCGGAAAUUUCCAAAAAAAAAAACUUUGAAGAAGUUUCGCUCGGUGGCAAGCGACGGACGACAGUGACAAUCAUUUCUGAUGACAACGUUCUCAAGAACGUGGUUAAUGUUCAUAAACUCAUGGCUCACUACUUGAGUCAGUUUACGCCUGGACAAGCCACCUGGAAGCAGCAGGUCUGUUUUCUAUGGAAACGAGAGUUGCAACGGAAAAUAUAGAUAAUCAACGCGACUUCUGUCAACUCUGGAGACUUGGCAAACGCUUCUUUCUUGGAUUGCGUGCUUCACGCUCUGGCUUUCCCAUGGAAGGUUCGGAAAUUCAUUCAACCAACUAAAAAAGAGGUCUCAUUCAGUUUGUGUUUGCGUUCCUUCCACCACCGACUAUUCUGAAUGGCUAUCCGUGCUUCCUCGUUGCCCUAGGCGCGAUUGGCCUGGUGACAGCUCUUGUAGGUUAGCUCAGAGAUUUGGGUUCAAACCGAAGAAAAAAAAAGUUUUUCAGGUGACAUAGCUUCGAUUUUUGGCUGCAUGGUCGGAAUGAAAGACGCCGUCACCGCCAUAACUCUGGUGGCUCUGGGGACGUCGCUUCCAGACACAUUUGCCUCGAAGAUAGCUGCGCAGAACGUAAGCAAGGCCUUUUGGCCAUCUAGAAUCUGAAGUUUCAGGAAGACACGGCUGACAACGCGAUUGGAAACGUGACAGGCUCUAACUCAGUCAACGUUUUCCUGGGACUUGGUCUGCCAUGGCUAAUCGCCUCAGUUUAUUGGGCUUCGAAGGGAGAAGUUUUCCGCGUCGAGUCUGGCGAUCUCGGUUUUAGGUGAAAAUUCGAUUCCAUAUACUUGAUGCUCCUUAUUUUAAAUUUUAUCUUUUCGUUUCUUUGAACUGACCAUAUUUACAGCGUGACGAUCUUCAUGAUCUGCUCGGUUCUGAUGCUCGGACUCCUUGUGAUGCGAAGAAAAUUGCCGUCGUUCGGCCGCGGAGAACUCGGAGGACCUGUCGUACCGAAGAUCUUCAGCGGAGCUUUUUUUGUUCUCCUCUGGCUCGUCUACGUCGCCAUGUCAAUCUGGAAAAUGCACAGUUGA